AUGAAUUUAGUAAAUGAUGAUUAUAAACAUAAAGGACUAAAAGAUAUGAAAGAUUUAAAAAUUUCAGAAGAUGAAAACACAAGAAGAUACUCAUCCAAAAAUUGUGAUGGAAAUGAUUUAAAUGAAUUUGAAACAAUAUUAAAUAACAAAGAUUUAAAUGUAGAAAGCAAAAUUGAAUUAUUUUAUUCUAAAUUAAAUAGCAGUAUAUUUGACAUAUUUAGGAUUGUAGCUGAUUAUAACAGUUUAUAUGUUAUAAAUGGGGAAGGGAUAAUAGUAUAUGUUUGCAUGUUACUAUCAAAGUUUUUUUUAUUUAAAAAUGAAGAUGAUCAAAAUAUACUUUCUUUUAAUAAUUCUUUAAAUAUUAGUAGUGUAAUUUAUUAUAUAGAGAAAGUGUUACAUGAUUUCUCAAUAUGUAAUUCAAGUUUUCAUAUAAUAUUUUUUAAUAUAUUUAACAUAUUUUUUAAAAGGGAAACAAAGCUAUUUGAAAAUUAUAAUUUAAUAAGAAAUACUUUUAUUCUUCAUUGUAAAAAAAAUUUAAUUCCAUAUUUCAUAUUUGACAAUUGGUAUAAUGACAAUAAUUAUAAUUUUUAUUUAAACAAAUAUAAACCCUUAUUUAUGUUUGUUGAAGAUAGUUCUUCUUUUUUAUACUCUUUUAAUAAAUUUUAUGUAAGUGAUAUUAGUAGCGAUGAUUUUUUAUAUAGAAUUAAAACAAUUAAGGAUGAAGAGAAAAAGAUACAAAAAGAAAAAAAUUAUGAGGAAUAUUUAAAAAAGAAAAAUAUAUAUGAUAAAUAUAAUGAAGAAAUUAGAGAAAUAUCCAUGUGCUUUUAUUUUCUUUUAAUCAAUAAUAUUUUAAGAGAUAUGAAAUGUGUGUUCUUUUUUAAUUUAGAAUCUGAAAAAAACACUAUAAAUGCCUUUUCAAUAAAUUAUACAGGCAUUAAUUUUAAAAUAGUUGAAAGAAUGAAUGAGGAAUCUUCGGAAUUUUUUAAUUUAAAAUAUUAUAAUAAACCUGAAAUAAAGGAAAAAAAAGAAAUGAUGAAUGAAAUGAAUAAUAAUAAAGAGAACAUUAUGUAUUUUAGUUCACAAGAUAUAAAAGAUUAUGAUUUACUAUAUAAAGAUGAAGAAAAUUUCAGUGAAAAAGAAAUAGACAUAGCGAAUUCAUUUGAAAAACUAAUAAAUAUUAACAGUAUUAAUUUAAAAGAUAUAGUACUAAAAAUUUUUUAUGAUAAAAAUAAAGAAUUUAUAGAAUCUGACAAUAAAAGGAAAGAAUAUUUUUUUUUAAUUUUAAAGCUUCUUUUUAUGCAUAAUUAUUUAAUUGAAAAGUUAAAUAUGAAAAAUCUGUGUACAUAUGAUUCACAAAAUCCAUGUGCAUCAGAAAUUAUAAAAUCAGCUGUAGACUCAUAUGUAAGUAUGUACUUAAGUAUUUAUAAUUUUAUUUUGAGAAUUCUACAGAAUGAUACUUACUGCAACGUUUUAAAGAAUGUAAAAAAUUCUGAUAUACUAAAUUUUUUUAAUGCUUCAAUUUUUCAUAAUUUAAUAAGUUUCAUUUAUUUUAAAUUAAAUCAAAAUACAUUUGUAAUUGAUUAUGAAGAUUUUAAUUUUGAGAGUAGAGAUUUUUUUGAAAAACAUUUUCAGAAUAUAUCUGAUGGCAGUAUAUCUUUUUUUCCGGUUGAUUUUUCUUUUUUAAAAGAUGAUAUAAAAUUUUCGCAAAAACACAAAUUAUGUGAUUUUACGAAUGGUUUGAAUAAAAUGAAUGACAAUACUAAUGAAGUUGAAGAAUUAAAUGAGAAAAAAUCAGCUGAUAUAAGUAAUGGGAAAAAUGAAUUUAGAAAAAAAGAAAAUUCCAAAUAUCGUGACGUUGUUUCUAUUAAUUUAAAUAAAGUUAAAAAUGAAUUUAUAGAAACUUUUUUUUCUUUGAAGGAUUUAGUAAAUGAUCAUGAAUUAGAAGAUGAUAAGAAAAUAUACCUUAAAAUUAAUUUUUUAAAUAAAUGCUUAGGACAUGAUAAUGAAUUUUUUGAAUCUUCUGGAAUGCUACAUAUUUCAGAAAGACAGAGCAUAAUGGAUAUUUUUAGGAGUUACAUGAAAUUAUCAUCUAGCAACAUAAAUAAAUUAAAAGAUAAUAAAAAGGAUGAAAAAUAUAUCUUAAGGUAUCAACAGAAAGAAGAAAGAAGAAAAGCAAUAAUUGCAAAAUACUUUUAUAUUAAUUCAUUGCACCAUCCUAUAGUUAUAUCCGAAAAUCAUCCAUGGUUAAAAUAUUACUUCCAUCAUAUAGAAAAGUACUAUUGCAAUUUAAAAGAUGAAGAAAAAAAAAAAUUUAUAUUAUCUAAAAUGAAAAGGUUAUUUUAUAUCUCAAUUGAAGAAGAUAGUGAAGAAGAUGAUAAAAAGAAAGAAGAUAAAAUUUUUGAAAUUGAGGAUAAUAUAGAUGAAGAGAGUGAAAUAGAAACUGAAUCAAAUAUAGAUGUAGAUAAUAAGGAUUCUAGUAAAAAAUUACAUAAAGAAAAAAUAAAAAAAAAUACAAAAACAAAUAUGAACUCCUUAAGAAAAAAAGAUGAAAUAUUAAAAAAAAAGGAAUUAACAAAUGAAAAAAAAACGUAUGAAGUAGAUUUAGAACGAUAUAAUGUAUUGGAGUCAAAAGUUAAUAAGUUAAGUAGUGACAAUAAUUAUGAAGAAAUGAAUACAUGGUCUCUUGAUAUAAUAUCAGGAUUUAACAGAUUAGUAGAUGUUUACAAUUUUAAUAACAUUACGAAUUUAAUUAAAAAUGUUGAUCUUCAAAUAAAAAUUAGUAUGAAAGUUUUAAAUAGUAUGUUUGGAAUAAUAAUGUAUACGAAAUUAAAAAAUUUGAAGAGUAAUAAACAAAAAUCAGAUGCAAUUAAAAGCGUUAUAUUAAUUUAUAAGUUAACUAAUGAAAUUUUUAACAAAUACAAGGCAAAUUUAAAAGAAAAAGAUAUUUUACAACUACAAACAGUCUUGUUAUCCCUAGGUUUUAAAAAUAGUAGUUAUAACUUAUUUGAAGAAUAUGUAAAAAUAAAAAAGCAAGCUAUUGAUGAAUCAAAAGAUGACGAAGUAGAAGAAAAGAAUAGUACUAAUAAAAAAAAUAAAAUAAAAGGAAAGGAAAAAAUUAAGCUAAAAGAUCAAAAUAAAAUAAAAAAAGGAAAUAAGAAUAAAGUAUGUGACGAUGAUGAUAAUUCUUCAACUACAUCAUGUAAGUCUCCUGAGUUAAAAAAAAUCAAAAGAAAAGAAUUAGAUGAAAUAUAUAAAUACAAAAUAAAAGAAGUAAAAAAUUUUAGUGAAUUAAAAAUCGAUGAGAAAAAGGAGCAUGAAUUUCAAUUAUAUUAUAUGUAUUAUUUAUUAGAUAGAACAACGGGUAAUAUAAUAGAUAAACGUGUAUUAUUUACUUUAGAUACAUGGCAAUAUAAUAUUUUAAAUUUAGUGGAUAGAAGAAAGAGUAUUUUAGUUUCUUGUCCCACAAGUAGUGGUAAAACUUUCAUUUGCUAUUAUGUAAUGGAUAAAGUGCUAAGAUUAAAUAAUGACAGUGUAGUUGUAUAUGUAGCACCUAAUGAUACUUUGGCUUUACAAAUAUAUCAUGAAGUAAAUGGAAGAUUUAGCACAAAAGGUUAUUCAAAAUAUAGUGGAAAUAAAUUAUGUUCAUAUAUGACUGAUAAAUAUGCUGAAGAAAAGGCAUUAGAUGCUCAAAUAAUUAUUAUUUUACCAAGUGUCUUAGAGAACAUUUUAUUAUCUUAUUAUUCUUUUAAUGAUUCAUAUGAAAGCUUAAAUGUUUCAAAAUUUAUCAGUAAAAUAGAAUAUAUAAUUUUUGAUGAAAUUCAUUGUAUAGGAGAUAAAGAAUUCUACGGUACACAAAUUGAAAAUAUUAUUCAUUUAAGUAACUGCCCCUUUUUAGCAUUAUCAGCUACAAUUGGUAAUAUAAAGUAUUUUUACUCAUGGUUAAAAAAUGUUUUAGUUAAAAAAGGAAAAAGCUCGAAAGAUCUCCAUUUAAUAAAAUUUUAUGAAAGAUAUUCUGAUUUAAUUUUAUAUGUAUACACAAACAAAAAUUUACAUCAUUUAAAUCCAUUGGCUUGUUUAAAUUUUAGGGAUAUAUUAUAUAAAGGUAUUAGUAAAGAUUUUUAUUGUAAUCCUCGAGAAAUAUAUGAAAUUGUAAAAAUAUUAUUUGAAUUAGCAAAAAAAAAAAAUUUUUAUAAUCUUGUAGAAUUUUUGGAGCCAUCUUUUUAUUUUCAGUAUACUAGAUGUAUAAAUAAAAAACAGUUUAUAUAUUAUAUGCAUAGUGUAAAAGAAACAAUAGUUUAUUUAAUACAAAAUAACUAUAUUAAUAAUUCAGAUUAUGAUAUGCUUAUACAUUUACUGUUGUCUAAUUAUAUGAAAAAUACUGAAUGCAUAAAAAAAGAAAAGUCAGAGGAUAAUGCAAAAGAAGACGAUGAAAAAAAUAAAAGGGAGUUAUUAAAUGAUAAUAAUACUACCAAACAUUUAUAUAAAAGUACAAAAAAUGAAAAUGUUCCUAAGCAGCAACUUUUUCAAGAAUUAUAUAAAAAUGCUAUAUUAGACGAAAAUUUUUUCCUAAAUAAAUCCAAUGAUUUAGUGAAAUAUACGGAAACUGUAAAUAUUGAACAAGAAUAUUUGAAUAGUGAUAAAUUAAUUGAGCUUUUGAAGAAAUUAGAGGAUAUUAAUUUUUUGCCAUGUAUUGUAUUUAAUUUUGAAAGAAAAGAAUUAGAAGAUAUGACUAUAAAUUUAAUUAAUGAAUUAAUGAAAAGACAACAUGAUAAAUAUUAUGGAGAUGACGAAAAAACUUUUAACACAAAAAUGGAAAAUAAAUUAAGACAAGAAAAAUAUGAAAAUUUAUUAAAGCAAAGAGAAAUGCUAUUAAAAAUUAAAACUGUAUCUAGAAAUCAAAGAAUAGAACAGGAUAUAGAUAAGAAAUAUUUAGAUAUGUUAAAUGAAGAUGAAAUUCCUGAACCUCCCCUUGAUAUUUCGGAAGAAUAUGAUGGAGACUUCUAUUUUUGUAAUAGAAAAGUUUAUUAUAAUUACGUAUCUGAAAUUGAAGAUUUAAUUAAAGAUGCAGAAAAGGCAAUUGAAGGAAGAAAAUACAAAUCUAUAUUAAUUGAAGGUUUAAAAAGGGGAAUAGGAUUGCAUUAUGAAGUAUUGCCAUAUAAAUUUACUAUUAUAGUUGAAUCAUUGUUUAGGUUAGGAUAUAUUAAAAUUAUUUUUAGUAAUAAAAAUUUAUCACUAGGUAUUAAUAUACCAUGUAAAUCUAUUAUUUUUGCUGGACAUACAUUAGAAUUAAACUCUCUUAUGUUUAAACAAACAUCUGGUAGAGCAGGAAGGCGUGGUUUUGAUUUGUAUGGUAAUAUUAUCAUAUGGAACAUUAACUUUAAAAAUUUAAGAAGAUUAAUUAUAUCUCCUUUGCAAACAUUAUCAGGAUCGUAUUCUGUAAAUUUCACAUCUAUUUGCAGAAGUAUGCUAUUAUAUAAUUGUUUGAAAAAAAAAAGAGAAAUAGAAGAUAGUAAUAGAAAUAAAUCAAUUGCUAAUAAACCUAAUAAAAAAAAAAAAAAGGACAUUACAUUAACAGUUGCUGAAAAAGAAGAGAUUUUUGAAAAAAAUAGAAGUAUUAAUGUAAAUUAUUUUAGUAGAAUCAAUGGAAUAUUAAGUAUUUUUUACAAUUCAUUGUAUUAUAUAAAUUCUUUUCAGGAGGAAAUUUAUAAUAAUAAAUCAAAAAAAGAAUUUUCUAAAUGCAAUAAUUUAAAAAAAAGAGAGUUAAAUAAUAUAAAUAAAGAAUCAAUAAUUCAACAAGAUGGAAAUAUAAAAAAUGUUAGCACAUACACUACUACCUCUAGUUUAAAUAAUAAUGUACAUAAUGAGGUAAGAAUAAACUGUACUCUUAACGGGGACGUAAUAAAUGGAGAUAAUGAUAAUGUUAAUAUAGAAGAAAAGGAGUAUAUAAAUUUCAUAGAAAAUGAAUUUAAUCAAUAUAAAGAAAAAAAUGCAUUAUCAAAGUUUAUUAAUAGAAAAUAUGAAUAUAACGAAUUAUUAUAUGAAUUUAUAACAAAUAAGCAAAAAAAUAAAAAUAAUUGUGAUAAUGAAAAGAAAUUAAAAGAAUUAUGCUUUAUGAUAAAAACUCAUUUUCUUAUGUUUAUAAAUAUUCUUAUUGAAAUUGGAGCUCUCGAUGAGGAAUGUAAUAUAAUUAAUUUAACAGAACUAUCUAUAUUUUUAAAAAGAGAGUGUGAUAACAAUUUAAUUUUAACUUAUAUAUUAAUAAAAAAAGUUGUGCAUAAUGCCAUAGGAGAUAGCACAUUUUUGUCAUCUUCUACAUCUGUUCCUUUAAAUAAAAUAAUUGAUUGUAUAACAUAUGAAAAAAAUUAUUCUCGUAAUAUAAUUGUAGAUGAUUUAUCAAGAAGCCAAUUUAUAUUAUUAUUUAUUCUGUCUCAUUUUAUUAAUAAAAUAAAAGAAAAUAAAAUAUCUUUAGUAAAAGUGCUAAUAAAUUAUAACCAGAAGAAUAAAUUAGAAUUAUUUAGUUCAGUUUAUUUUCCUUUAUUACAUGAAUUACCCAAACCUAUACAAAAGUAUAUAAAGAAUUUUGAAAAUAUUGUAUUAAAAUAUUUAAUUAAUUAUUCUUUAAUAAUUUUAAUUAAAUUUAAUUUGUUGAACAAAAAAAAAACAUAUUUAUUACCAUAUACACAGUUGUAUAUUUUUGAUCAGCACCCAUCACUUAGUUUAAAUGAAAUUUUUUUUAAAAAUCAAUCAUCUUAUUUUAACUAUUAUCUCUCAAAGGUACAUAAUUACAAAGUAAGAUCUCCAUUUUUAGCAUCAUUGUACAAGUAUGACGAUUUUGAAAAUUUAGAUGAAUUACUUUACACAUCGUUAAAUGAUUUAGAAAUAAAAAAGAAUAUGAUUCCGGAUAUAAUGGAAAAUUGUGUUUCAUUUUAUAAGUUUGAUGAUGGAUUAAUAAAAGAGGAAACAAUUAAUUUAAAAAAUUCAUAUAUUUUAGAUUAUUAUUUACAUGGAAAAGAUGAUAUGAUAAGAAAUAAAAAUAACUUAGGUCAAUAUACAUGGUAUAUAUUGGAUAGAUUUAUUCAUUCAUUAAAGAAUAUAGAACAUUUCUUUUACGAAAUAAAAAAGGAAAGACUUAUGUUAUCAUCAGAUGUUUUUUAUACAUCUUUGAAUACAUUAAAAGGGGUUUUAGAAAAAUAUUUUAAAUCAAUUAAUUCUAUACAUAUAAAGAAAGAAUAA